AUUGCUGAGAUUUGUUUUUAGCAUGGCAGGGACACAAGUUGUGCGCAAAGAAAAUCUAUUUUAAAAUUUUUAUAGUUUUUUUAAUAAUUUGAAAGGGUUCUCGUAAUUAUCGCCUUUCUCAAAAACUAUCGUUUUAGAGUCUAAAUUGGAGUUGGUGCGAUGCCGGUGCACCGCGACCGAGAGAAGAAGGAGAGUAUAGCAGAGGAGAUGGAGGUAGAAGAACAGGAGCAUGAAGCUUCCAGCUCAGACGAGGAGGAAUCUGACUCCUCUUCUGUCUCUGAGGAUGGAGACACUUCUGAAAUGGAUGAGGAAGACUGUGAACGGAGGAGACUGGAGUGCCUGGAUGAAAUGUCCAACCUGGAGAAGCAAUUUAACAGACUGAAGGACCAGUUGUAUCGAGAGCGACUCAGCCAGGUGAACUGCAAGCUGGAGGAGGUCGAGGCCGGACGGGCAGCAGAAUACCUGGAUCCUCUGGCGGUACUGCUGGAGAACAUGCAGGUCCGCACUAAAGUGGCAGGCAUUUACCGAGAGCUGUGUCUGGAUUCUGUGAGGAACAAGUACGACUGUGAAAUCCAGGCUGCGCGCCAACACUGGGAGAGUGAGAAACUGCUGCUGUUUGAUACAGUGCAGAGCGAGCUGGAGGAGAAAAUCAGUAGACUGGAGGAGGACAGACACAGCAUCGACAUCACAUCAGAGCUGUGGAAUGAUGAGCUGUCUGGGAGGAAGAAAAGGCAAGAUGCUUUAAGUCCAGAUAAGAAGAGGAGGCGACCUUCUGUGGUUUCUGGUCCAUAUAUUGUCUAUAUGCUGCCAGACUUGGACAUCCUAGAGGACUGGACAGCUAUCAGAAAGUCUGUUGCUACCUUGGGCCCUCCCAGAGUGAAGGUUGACGCGGACAGCUGCUUGUUCCCCUUCCGAUCUGACAAAAAUAAGCAGAUUGUCAACUGCUGGGAAGCCCAUACGCAUGUUUAAAAGCGCAUAAGGACUUCAGCGUACAAGCAAGACGCUAAUAUGAACGUUUCUACUCCCCAAAAUCAGGUGGCGAUUAAAUCUUCAUAUUUUAAGCUGCCAGUCAUGCAGGGUUUUUCUGCACAAUAGAAAAUCUCCAACAUUAGUUAUCCUUUCAGACAAAUGUGGCUGCUUUGGUUUAGACUCAGGCUUUUACAGAUUGAUCUUUUUAAACUUUCAUUUGCAUGAUUUUUUUGUAAACAUGAAACUCGAAGCAAUCACUAAGCAGGUUGUAGAGUUGGUUUAAACUUCUUCACAGUUAAAGCGGCACAAAUGGUUCUCCCACUCAA